GCCCGGGGAAGCGGCGUGUGGAGCCACCGGCCCGGCCCGGCCCGGCCCGGCCCUGCCCUGCCGCUGCCGCGCUCCGGGGUCGGGGCCAGUUUCCUGCCUUCCCGCCCAGCUCGGCGGCGCGAACAUCCCGGGCGGGAGGCGGCGGAGCAAGUGAGCCAGGCGCUGGAGCAGGCAGGCAGGGAGGGAGGGAAGGAGACGUGGGCAGUGCUUUAAAGCGCUCCGUUAUUUAUUUAUUUUGUUAGUUUUAACUGUCGCUGCCUCUUCUCCCUCCCCCCCAAAGAGGAGGGAGGAUCGCACACGCCUGCCACAGCAGAGCUGGAAAGGAAGAUCAGGGCUGGCAUUUCCCAGCGGUUCUGCACCUGAAGUGCUCAUGUGGCUGCCCAGCUGCUCCAGCCAAAGGCAGAUUCCUCUGGUCAUGUGAUGAAGCCUGUCUAACUAUGGUGAAGCUUGGAUCUGCAUCAUGGCUCAUGAUGUCUCUGUUCACAAGAAUCUGGCAGUGCUUUCUGUGGAACCUGUGAGUCCAGAACCUGAGAAGAGAGGAAGCAUGGACCUUGUCAAAGGAUCACUGGAUAGAAAACUGCAACGGCCUCUCCUAGGGAAGUCACGGACACUUCCUAGCAUCCCUCAGUCACCUGUCUUAAGCAGGGUUCCUCUCCUGGAUUCAAAAUUGUACAGAGAAGACAUGCCAGAGCAGAAGCAGUACAAGAACCACUCUGCCUCCGACUGCCAGAAAGGGUGCACAGUGCCCUCUACUGGUGAGGCCUGGCGACUGGAAGACGACUGUAUGGACUCUGUGGGGGACCCUGCCCUCCGUCCACAGCUCCGCACUGCCGUGGAUGAGGCUCCUUUCAGCUACUUCCGUACGCGGUCCUUCUACAUGAGGAAAAGCCUGUCUGUGGACAACCACCUGAGCUCCCUCAGCUACUCCAUCCAUCCCUCAGAGACAAAGGCUGAGCGUGUCAAGACCAAGCUCCGGAGACAGUUUAGCCUGGGGUCAGCAGACAAGAAGGACUUUUACCAACAAAAGUCUGAGAGCAGUUUCUCUAAGUUUGCCCAUCGCUUAUCAGUUAAGCAGAAGCAGGAGAAGAGGAGGAAAGCUGAGUAUGUCUCGGCUGAGCUGGCCGCCUUCCGUCCCAGGUCUCUGAGCAUUGAAUGGUCUUCCUCACCUAAAAUGACACAGCAGAUGAGGGACCUCCAGCUGGCCCAAGCCAGGAAGCCCCCAGGCCCUUCCUCCCCCAAUGCUGCCAAGAGACUUUACCGCAACCUUUCAGGGAAGUUCCGCGUCAACUACACGUCGUUCGAUGAGGGCAGCUUGGUGGGGAAGAGCGAGAAGGAAAAGCUGCGCAAGUCCUACCUUUUUCAAGGCAAUGCUGCUCUCUUUGAGGCUGUUGAACUGCAGGAUCUGGACAGAGUACAAGAGCUGCUGAAGCAGUACAGCCCAGAGGAGCUGGACCUUAACACCCCUAACAGUGAGGGGCUCCUGCCAUUGGAUAUUGCCAUCAUGACCAACAAUGCACCCAUCGCCAGAACCCUGCUUCAGGCCGGGGCCAAGGAGAGUCCACACUUCAUGAGCUUGGAGAGCCGUGCCCUUCACCUGUCAACACUGGUACGGGAGGCAGAACAGCGAGUCAACGAGCUCACAGCUCAAGUGGUGAACGAAGCCCCCAACACGGACUGCUCUGAGAAGGAGAAGCAGCUGAAGGCCUGGGAAUGGCGCUACCGGCUGUACAAGCGCAUGAAAGCUGGGUUUGAGCAUGCACGUGUGCCAGACCCACCAGCUAACGUUCACCUCUCCGUGGCCAGUAGCACUUCUGUGCAGGUUACCUUCUGGGAGCCCCUCAGUGUGAACUCAGCAGUUGUCACCAAGUACAAAGUGGAGUGGAGCUGCUCCCCAACCUUCUCCCCGCCUGUGGGGGAGGCUGUGAUCGACAAGCUGAGGAACCUGCACUUCACCAUCCGGGGGCUGGUGUCGGGCACAGCAUACUAUGUCCAGGUGUCUGCUUACAACAUGAAAGGCUGGGGACCCCCUCAGGCCUCGGUGCCACCCUUUGCAAUCCCCUCAAACUGGCGUGAAUAUGAUGGGAGAGCACCAAGACGAAGGGGACAGGCCGAAGCCUUGGACCAUCUCCUCAGCCAGGUGAAGACAGUGCAUCAGCACUGUGUCUGCCAUGAACCCUGCAAGAACCAGCCACAGAGCAGGAAGCACUCUGUCUCAAAGAGCCUUAAGCACCUCUUCCACCCUGGCAGCAAGUUCCUGAAGACACUGAAAAGGGGCCUGUACCUGGCAUCCAUUUUUUACAAAGAUGACAACAUUCUAGUCACGCAUGAAGAUCAGAUCCCUGUGGUGGAGAUUGAUGAUACCUACUCCUGCCUGCUCAUGCAGGACUUCCUUUGGUUCACCAAGGUAUCUUGCAUGUGGGAUGAGAUCCUGUGGCUGCGUCAGUGCGUCACUGUCUCCCAGUCGUCCUGUUCCUGCAUCUUGCAAACACGCUUCAAGAUGCUGCUAGCCAUCUCGCAGAUGCAGGGGCUGCUGGGAAUCCAGGACCUGGGACAGGCCUUCUUUGAGCCAGUCAAAGACAAGCAAGGCAACAUUCUGAUCGUGACCCUGAAGGAGGUGAAGACGAACCAGACAUUUGAGAGUGUCCGCUGGGUUCCCGUCUCCAAGCUGCAGGGCAGCCGCAAGUCUGUCUCCUCCCCUGAAGAACCUACAGCCCUGGACAUAUUACUGAUCACAGUACAGGACAAGCUGGCUUACCAUCAGAGAAGCAGCCAGGCCCUUGCCCCAGGUCUCUACCUGGGCUACCUAAAGCUCUGCAGUGCUGUGGACCAAAUCCGUGUGCUAGUGCCCGACCGGUUGCCCAACAUCCUGUGCCAUGUGAAGAUACGGUCUAAUUCCAACAUCUCCAGGGAGGAGUGGGAGUGGCUGCAGAACCUGGCCAGUGCGGAGGAAUCCAUUCCCACAGAGCCAGAGUCUGAGACUUCCCAGAACCUCUUGUAUCAAGAGCUCCAAGUGGCCAUUAAGGAGCUGAUGAACCUGGUCAACAUCCCACUGCAAGAGGCCAAGGAUUUCCGUCUGUACAGCCAAGAGGUGCUGGACUUCGGGGGCCAAGUCUCUUUUCUCCUGCUGAUGCCUCCAUCUGAUGAUGUCUGCACUGCCCCAGGCCAGAACAACCCUCACACUCCCCGCUCUGGCUUCCUCACACUGCCUCUCCAGAUCUUUGAGCUAGUUCACUUUUUCACAUAUGACCGGGAGUUCAUCACUCAGUAUUGUCAGAUGUCUGCACUUUUGGAGCUCGAGUCACUUCUCUCACAGCAGAGCCUUAGGGAGGCCUUCUCAGACUCCGAACUAACCACUGCUAAACAGAGGCAUCAGCAGGUUCAGGACUACAUACAGCAAAUGGAGGAAAUCUGGCGUGAGAUGCGCUGGAUUAUGGAUGCCCUGCAACAUGCACGGUACAAACAGCCAUCCUGUGGUGUGCCCCUCACCUGGUUCCUCCAUGAAUCCACCAGUGCAAUGAAGGAGAAAACCCAAUCCACCUCCUCCCACCUGGAUUACCUCCCCUCACCUACCCCCUCUCCAGAAACCAGCCGCAAGCUCAAUUCCGAUUCCCAUGGGCUCUCAGAUGAGGAGGGUUCCUCGGAGGUGUUCCUGGCAACAGACAGCGACUAUGAUUCUAGCAGGGCCCAAAGCCCCAAGGAGCUGGAUCUGGUUUAUUCAUCCUCGGGGCCUGAUUGUUGUGGCAGGAAAAUCACCCGGACCUUGAGGGACAGUGCCCCUGACGUCCUGCAGACCCAUGAACUCAAGACCCCACCUCUGCCUCCUGAGGAGCCCCGCCCACCCCCAGAGCUGUAUGACAGUGACUUUGUCCUGCCCAGCCGGCAGAUUGAACUCCUGCGCAUCACAGAGAAGCGUCAGGCUUACUGUGUCCGCACCAGCAGCCUGGACUUCCCCAAGCCGCUCUUCCAGGUGGCCCGGAAGUCCUGUCCUGGCUCUGUCGACAGCUCCCCAACAGAAACCAGGACAGCGGCCCACUGUGGCCUGCUCAGACUGGGGACUGGCUCAUCUUUCAGCCCGGAGCAUGGCCAAGCCAUCGAGAACUCUGAGCCCGUCUUCCGGACACGCUCAGCUGAGUGGACUCGCACCUUCCAAGAGACCCUGGAGCCAGGAUGCUUGACAAACCGGGGGAAGAAGCCAGACUCGAUCACCUUACGAGUCUGCCCUCAGUACGAAACCGGACUCUCCAAAGAAACCAGCAUCAAGUUACACAUCACCAACAAGACAUCAGCGGGGGAGGUGGUGAAGCUGGUGGUGCUUGAGAUGAAUGACAUCUCUAGGAACAUGCUGGGCAACGCAGAUGCCUUUUGCUAUGGUGAAGAGCAGCUGGACCACUUUGGACUGGUGUUCGUGUCAGACGACGCUGAGCAGUGGCUACCUGAUGACUUCUUGCCCAUUUCACUCCAAAACGCCUGGCUUGGGGGGCGGUUCUACGUCCGAAUCAAAGAGACAUCCCCUCUUUUGUUCCAGUAUGGGCCAGCAACCACAGUAUGAGAGGAGGAGAGUGGACCAGGGGAAACUUGAGGAACCUCAACUUCCAUUGAGCAAACAGCUCAUUUCCAAUGCUUCCUUCCUACCCAGACACCCUCCCAUCAGACGUCCACAGUGUGGAAUAGGAUCGUACUGGGCUGUGUGUUAUUUGUUUGUGUAUUUUUUUUUAACCAAAGACACAUCAAAACUCGUUUUUUAUGACUGCAAGAGAUGAGGGUGGAGCACAGGAGACUUCAGAGUCUUGGGAAUUGGUAGCUGGAAUGAAAUUUUUGAAAGUAAAUACUUGUGGGGCGGGGGAAGAGUGAGUGGGAAAAAUCACACACAAGAAGAAGCAGCAAUACAUAACUUUUUUUUUAAUCUCCAAGUUUGAGAAAGCCACAGAGAUUUCCAGGUGGUGUCAGUAGUGUCAGCGAGGAAAGGGGAGAGCUUGCAAAGACCUUGUAGAGAAGGUUGUUUUGUUAACUGUCCUUGUUUCACUGUACCUGGAGAAACACAAUAUUGCACAUCGUUCUUGGAACAAAAUGAUUUUUUUUUCUUUAAAAGAAUAGUGCAAGAGACACUGGAGCUGUGAGAGUGCCGGACAUACUUUUUACUUGUUUUAAAGGCAAAAGGAAACUACACACCACACAAACACCUACACGCACACACACAAACGUUGAUGUUGCCACCACAGGUUUGCUACAGGGCAACACGUACACCGCUCUUCAGUUUCCUUUCCUUUCUUGAUUGCUGUUUUGUUCUGGUGAUUGUGAUUGGCCUCUCUUGUAUGUCCAAUAGCAUGAUGUUUUGUUAACGACUAGGUCUCUUGUUAACUAAGGUUAUUUUUUGAACUCCUGUGGUCCAUAGUAAAGAUGGCUGUGCUGCUGCAAAUGUAUCAAGUUUUUCCUUCUCAUGGCCUGAAGCUUAGCGUGCUUUUCCUUAUCCUCUAUCACUGGGAUGAAAUUUUGAAUUUAACGUCUGGGUACCUCACUGCCAAUUCACCAGACUUAAAGAGACACUGUCAACUUAGUUGAGGUGAACAUUUAUAAAAAGUGUGCAUGUGCGUGCAUGCGUGCAUGUGUGGGGCAACAAGAUGCGAACAGAAAUCUCUCUCUGGUUUUGGAAUUAAACCACCUUCUGCAUCAUUGGAAACCCAAACAGUGUGUUGCUAGGCAUACAAAUCAGAGAAUGAAGACGGAGUAAUCAUACUGUGAAGCUUGUCUCACGUCAGGUGAGGAGGAAAAGGAUAAAAAGUAAUUUCAAUGUUAAAACUUUGCUUGGAGUAAUCAAAGGGGGAAUUGCUGACAGAAUAAGGACUUCACACACUCAAGAAAGGUUUUUAUGUUGACAGUGUCCCUUUACUAGCUGUCUGUCUUUCCAUGCCUCUCUCUAUAACUAGGGUAGGGUUCAGUCUCAUAACACACGUAUGUCUCUGGUCAGGCACAAAGAUACACUCGCAGUGCAGGGUGGGAGCCUUAAUGGAACCAGCUCUUUUGUUUUCCAAUGUUUUUUCCCUUUGUAACAGAACAACAGAUUUCAACAUUCUCCUGAAACAAAAUUCUGAAUAAAACCUUGUUUUAGGUCAA